AUGUCUGUCUUGCUCGAAGAUCCCUUCUACCCCGUUGCUGCUGCAGCAGGCACAGCAACUGCAUGCAUUUUGUCUGUAUUGCCGCUGCUGGGUCAAGGCUUUCAGCUUCUGUGGGAGCGUCGAAACAGCAACAGCAGCAACAACAGCAGCAGCAACAGCAGUAGCAAGACAGGGGUAGCCGCGGCGGCAGCAGCACGCGGUGUACAUACAUCCCCCAAGACCCUUGCCCUUCGCAUCAUAUUGAUGGUCCCUGUUUAUGCUGUUACAUCCCUCAUUGCCUUCCUCUAUUGUUCUCCCCUCAAUUCCCUACCUUCUACAGCAGGAGCAGCAGGAGAAGCGGAAGCUGCUAGUGCUGCUGGUGCUUUGGAGGAAGUAUCCUCUGCUGCCCUUGCUCCUGGGGCACGACACCUGUCCCCUCGUGCUGCAGUAGAGGCAGCAGCAGCAGCAGCAGCAGCACUGCAGCAAGGCAGCGGAGGAUGGAUAGGCCUAUGGAUGAGGGGUAUAAGAGAGGGGUAUGAGGUCUAUGCCCUCUAUGCCUUCUUAGAGUUACUUAUUGCCCUCUUAGGAGGAGAGCAGCAAGCUGUUAAUCAACUACACCUCAAGGGGUCUCUACAGCACUUGUGGCCACUUAAUCACAUCUUGCCUCCCAUGGAAUGCAACAGGUUCUUAGUGCCUGCAUGCGCCAAGAAGGCUUUCUUUUCCUCGUACUCGUCAGCAACAUAUCCGCUGCUGCAAUCCCUUGCCCUUCGCUGGAUAGCGAGGCUCUUCCUUAUAGGCGCAAGCGGCGAUGGAGCAGCGCCAGCAGCAGCAGCAGCCGCAGCCGCAGGAAGACUGCAGGACUGGCUUAUUUGCAUAGAAAUGGUCCCCUGCGCGAUCGCACAUUUGUGGGCGUUCCCUGCAUGGGAAUUUGAGGCAUUUGAAAAAGCGGAGGGUCACAGGACGCCCUACAGCAGCAGUAACGCAGCAGCAGAGGAGUGGUCUAUGCUGCUGCGGCAAGGGGAUCCUACUAUUUCUGCUGCUGCUGCUUCUCCUCCUGCUGCUGCUGCUCCAACUGGUGGAGUGUACACAGAGACAGCCGCAGUUGAAGAGCCAAUGCACGAAGGCGAGCUAGGCAGCAACAGCCCCAGCAGCAGCAGCAGCAGGAAGAACAAGCUGAAAAAGCCGCUGAAGCAGCUGGUCAACGGAGUGCAGCAGCUGCUGCUGUCCGAUGCUGUGCUAAGUGAUGCAACGCAUGCAGUGUUUGGGCAGCAGCAGCAGCGGGAGUUCAAUCUGGAGACCCGUUCACCAGCAGCUACCAUACACUCGUAG